AUGCUUCACGUCGAUGGCAUUUUGUGUAUAAAAGGUAUCUUUCCUGCCCUGGUCUGGCCGACGGUCACUGACUACCAAUGGUUACAAAUUAGCGAUGAUGUCAGUGAUGAGGCUCCCGAGACCACAGAAGAUCAAGUCGGCAACCUGCUUGCUCAGAUUGCUCUCAAGGAUUCAGAGUUAGCUGCUAAACACCGUCAGUUAUUUGAAAGAGAAAGGGAGCUCCAGACAUGGCGAAAGAGUUAUGGCGGAGAGCCAGGAGUUAGAAAGCCUGAUCUCGCGACGCAAUGUGAACAUGGAGACUCAUCUGGAUUUCUUCGGAUGGCAAAUGAACCAGCACAUAAGAAAGGAAACAGCAAUGCACCUUUGGGACGCGGCACCUCAACAUGCAGCCCAAGAUGGAAGUUUGAACGAAUAGGUGACGAGGUCGGCGGCGAAGCUGCAGAAACAGUUGAAGAUCGUAUUUCAGUCCUCUGUGAGCAGAUUCGAAAAAAGGACAUUCAAAUAGCUAUGAAGGAUGCAGAGAUAUUAACAAAGGAUCGGCUAUUGGCGCGCAAGGAGCAAGAGCUUCAGGAAGCAUUGCAAACUCAUCACGAAGCACACCCAAAUAAUGUCGAAAUCCAAUCGCAGAUGGAUGCGCUUCGUAAUCAGAUGGAGAGGCUGGAGUUAUUGGUGCAGGACAAUGUGCUAUUGUUGAAUACCUAUGUACACUGGCUACAAACUCCUUUCGCUACGAAACCCAACAAUACCAUGUACAACAAGGUCUUUUGCACUGGUUUCCCGCCUAUUUCGACCUUUACGUUUACAAACCCCAACACAAGCCAAUCGAAGGGAACUUUCACCACAAGUGAAUUCUCCGAGAAUGAUCAGCCUAAACAUUCCAAGUAUGUUCAUCCUCCGGAUAGUGUCAAUGAAGACCUCCCUAAUGCAUCCACGUCGUACAAAACAUCGCCUUCGAAAAGGCCCAAACCUGGUCCCAUUUCGAUGUCUGAGUUAUCAUCUGGUACGAAUGCGUUCAAGUUACGCUCGAGAAACAGUAUCAAGGCCCACAACACGACAUCAAAAGCUAUUUUGAGGCAAGAGGUGUUCAAAAAGCCGCAUACAUUAGCAUUCCCACUCGAGAACCUGGAUACGGUCAUAACCGAGCAGCCUGCUACAGUGCGACCUCUAUCAACGAGUGCCAAUGCAGUACUUAAAGUCACACAUAAUCAGAGGAUAGAUUUAGACAACAUUGCGUCUAAAACACCCUCCUCACCUAUUCCCUUCGAAAAAUGGAAGCUUCAUCAUAUCCCAAGGGCGCUCGCACUCCCAGAAUUUAAUUCGGAAGAUUCUUUGCCGCAGGGCGCAAUUUUUUCGCCCAUUCUCGAGGUCCCCCAAGGCGAAUCAAGAUACCAAACACCUAUUCGAGGGGGUGGUGAUCUUUCAACGCCGUCGAGUGAAAGUUACGAAGCUACGCAAAGGUUUGACCGUGAGCUUAUCGCUUCUCAGAACCAAGAGAUCGAGGAGCUCUCAAGUAAGAGUAGUCAGGCAGAGGAGAAAAUAAGAGCACUCGAGUCUAAGCAUAUCGCUGAAGUAAAGGAAGUCACGCGACGGGCGAAUGACUCACUGGCCAAGCUCACUAACUUACACGAGAAAUCUUCAAAAGCAAAUGUCAAUCAGAUUAGGGAGCUCAAGCAAGAUUUACAAAACGUUAGACAAGAGAUCCAGGGCUCUAUGAGCGCCGUCGAGCCACUCCUCGAGGGCGAUGAAAAGACAAGGCUUCAACAAACCACUGAUUUACUGAGAGAUCAGCUUUCGGAUCGUACUGGAAAUUAUACUGAAUCACUGGAGCGCGAAAAGGAAUUGCAAGCAUCUUUGGUAACCUUGGGAGACAGUCACGCGAACGUCGCUAAGGCGUUAUCUGCGCUUCACGAGCAACAUGAUCAAAUUUAUGUGAAGUAUUCAGACUCCAGGCUCGCCGAAAGCACUGCUACGAAGCGAAACGAAGAGCUCGAGGCAAUAAUCAAUAGCCUAAAGACAGAUCGCUUCUUGUGGAGAACGAGGAAACAUUCUCGUGCAAACUUGGCUCCCUUGGAGAAGAGCGCGAUGGCAUACACUAGUCUUGAAGAGGCCCAUAGGGAAUUAGGCAUACUUAAGAGCGAAGAGCAAGCUGCGCGCUCGCAGAACAAGUCAUUGCAGCGCGACCUGGACUUGAAGAUUCAGUCUUUAGAUGACCAGCGGGUCAAGAACCAAGCCUUGGAACAACAGCUCAAGGAGGAAAGACAUAAAGUGGAAGAAGCUCGUACCGAAACUGGUCAAGUCAAAGAGGCGGAUACGAUGAAUGCUGAGUAUCACACUCUCGAGAAAAUCCUGUUGGAAAAAAGGGCUGAAGUUGAACGGACUGAGAUUGAUAACGGUCAACUCCAAUCCCAAGUUGUGCAGUUAGAAUUGGCACGAAAUGCCUUAGUAAAACAACUGCGAGAAACUAGCAGCGUUUCCCGAGAACGAGAGGCUGUGCCCAGACCGAAGUUCGUGAAUUACGUCGGAAUAUCGAGGAAUAUCGCAACGCGAACGAAAAAUUACGCAUCAGCUACGCCCGUGGAAGAGGCGAUGAUGCAAGCCAAGGUGGAUCUUGAGGAAGCUAAGGAGGCCCACAAGCUCAGUGAGAAGCAACGCGAAGCCUCUUUACUCGAUCUGAGUAAACUACAAGCAGAACAAAAGGUGGACCCUAAUCUACUUGAACCAUUGUAUUCACUUAUGUUGGCUUCGCUUGGCGCGGGCGAAUCUCAGGAACAUAUUAAGAAGCUCGAAAUAAACUGCUUGGAACGAGAAACCGAGUCUAAGCAACUCCGCCAUGAGCUAAAUGCAUCUAAAUCGGCCAAAGAUAUUUUAGAGUCUUUGGCUUCCGAGUUCCGAAACUCAAUUCAACAAGCUCGAUCUCAACUAUCCGGUCAGGAAACUGAGCUCCGGUUGUUAGAGCAGCAACUUGCAAGCGCCGAUGCUCGGCUUGCGCAGUCCAAAGCUGAAGCUGAUACUCAUCGAGCCGCCGCCGAAUCUGCUCGAACUUUUGCUACAUCGAUUGAGACCAAACUGAAACAGAAGGAGCAAGAUCUCGAAGCGAUUCGAAUGGAAGAGCUUCAAUCGCGCCGAACUGAUGCAACCGCAUAUGAAACUACCACAGUACUACAAAACAAUAUCCUAGAGCAGCAAAACUUUAUCGAAAGUUUGAAGUCGAAGGUUCUAGAGCUCGAAAAGAGCUCUCAGAUAAUUGUCGAGCGAUACAAGGCUGGAAAACUGACGAGCCCAGAGAAAGACUUGAUCGGAGUAAUCACUGCGGGCAUCGUGCAGGAGAAAAACAGAACCAUCAAUAAUCUCAAAGGCGAGCUCAAACGAAAAGAAAACGAGCUCGAAAUGAAUAAAGCCGCCACUGCGAGCCUCAAAGACUCACUUGCAAAGCAAAUCAAACAGACAGGGGAGCUGAAAAUACAACUCGAAUCUAAUCUAAUCAAAGACCCCGCGGGCUGGAAUUCUUUCAACCAUAAACAGAUGGCAGUUUCUUCCUCGCCUUUGUCGGAUACCAUGUGGCACGCACCUGAUCAUGAUCCACCUGCCCCUGAUUCUCCUGCCGUACAACUUACAGAGCAAAACGCACGGAAUAGACAAAACGAAAAUGAGAGGCAACAUGAUUAUGCCCAACCAACGAAUUCGAAAUCUCAACAGUAUCGUGCACCCGCUACGACCAGGCUCGAAUCAGGUAAUACGGUUGAUGAAAUACAGGAAUUUGAAGAAUCUACGAAUCUAUGA